CUAUUUUAAAUCAAUAGUCGAAAACUUUCUGUUGAAGAAACAAGAGAGGAACUUUCCGUACGUACGUGUAAAAUAAACUCAAUUAAAAGUUUUUUUUUCGGUUUGAGAGAAAAGAAUAAUUUAGUGAAAAUGAAAUUAAGUUUCGGAAUCUUGUGUCUUAUCGCAGCUGCAUCCGCUGUGGAUAUUAAUAUCAUCUAUCCCAGUGAACUAUUUUACGAUGCAUUAAAGUAUCAAAAUUUUACAAAUGUCAUGCAAACUGAUAUGUUUCAAUUGAUCACGAAAUUACGUACUGAAUUAUCCACAACUUUGAAAAAGACAGCAAAUUCAAGUUUAUCAUUCAUUGAGGAUGAUGUUAGAAAAGUCUUUUCUGUCGAUGCACCAUACCGUGAAAUAUUAUUUGACAACAAUACGCAAUCCACAACUUGUAUGAACAACAUGAGAAGUCGUUUGAACUACUUCACUGAGUUUACUGGAUUCAGAGCUGGAAUUUGUCUUCAUACUUACGAUAGAGCUGUCAAUAGAGUCGUUAACGAAACUUUCAACGAAAUUGCAACUUAUGAUGAUGAAAUUUCUGAAUUUGAAUUGAGCGUUAUUAAGGCAUUUGCUGGAAAGAACGUUUGGACACAACCUGAUGACAUUAGAAAACAAUUUGUAGAGAGCUUCAACAACUUCACAAUAAUUUAUAAUGAUUUUAAGGCAAAAAUUGACGGCUUUUCAACAAACAUUGAAACAAAAGUUCAGGAAUUCGCAGAUGUCUUAAAUGCUUGCUACAAAACAAGUCAGGAUGAAUUUAUUGAGCAGUUAGUGGUUUUGGAUGCUGAUAUCAAAACUUGUAUUACCUUCGAUAAUUUGAAUUAAUUUAAUAUCUAUAACACUUUUAUAUUAUUUUGUACUUUUGACUUUAUUUGAGGAAAAUGUUUUAAUAAAAAAAUAUUUUUGAAGCAGG